AUGCCACAGACGAACGUUGUGGUGCUUGGUGCAGGCGUAAUCGGCCUUACAACAGCUCUGCUGCUCUCUCGCGACGAGCGGUACAGUGUCACUGUGAUUGCGAAGCAUAUGCCUGGGGACUAUGACAGUGUCGAGUAUGCGUCACCAUGGUAUGAUCCACUACAUCCACCUAGAAGACACGCUGAAUCGUGGACUGAUCCUUACCAUGAUGGCUUAGGGCAGGCGCCAGCUUUGAGCCUCCAGCCUACACAGCCGAUCCCUAACAAGAGUAACAGCGUGGGCGCCGAGGGUACACCAGCUCAACAGUACGAGCGCGACACCGGGCCCAUUCUAUUCCGUCUCUGCCGUGAGGUGCCCGAAUCCGGUAUCGUAUUCAACCAAUGCACAAUCUACAACCGCCAUAAAGACGCCUCUACGCCCAUCGGCCAAUGGUUCGCCGCAGCCGUCAGUCCUUCGCCAUGGUUCACCUCUAUAGUCGAGGACUUCCGCGUACUGCCACGCUCCGAGCUCCCCGCUGACGUCGAUUCAGCGUCGACGUUCCGCACUGUGUGUAUCAACACAGCCGUCUACUUGCCAUGGCUUCUCGGGCAAUGUCUUGCGCAUGGAGCCGUCGUGCGGCGCGGUACUGUCGCGCACGUGGCUGAGGCAGGCGCGCUUCACCAUAGCGGGAACAGAACAGAUAUCAUUGUGAAUUGUGUGGGCUUAGGAGCGCGAGCGUUGGGCGGGGUGAAGGAUGGCUUGGUGUAUCCGGCCAGGGGACAGACGGUGUUGGUUAGGCAGGAGCCUAUGCAGAUGACGACGGUGAGUGGGACGGAUGAUGGACCGGAGGAGGUUGUGUAUACGAUGACGAGGGCGGGUGGUGGAGGUACCAUUCUCGGCGGGUGCUUGCAGGCGAAUAACUGGAACGCACAAGUCGACCUGAACCUCGCGAAUCGGAUCAUGAAGCGCUGUGUGGCGCUGGUUCCCAAGCUUACCGACGGUAAGGGAUAUGAGGCUCUUGAUGUCGUCAAGCACAACGUUGGCAUGCGACCGCUCAGGGAGGGUGGACCACGUGUUGAUGUUGACACUGUGAAUGGCUUCAGGGUUGUGCACCAGUAUGGCCAUGGUGGCGGUGGCUAUCAGAUGAGCUGGGGUAGUGCCAAAGAAGCCGUAAGGCUUGUUAAUCAGCUGCGGGGCGAAAGAAGCCGUCUCUGA